AUGAAACGUGUGCUGCGUCAUUCAGAGGGUAAUGGAAUGGCACGACCUAAGCAUUCGAAAAAAGUGUCGUUUUGUAAAGAGGUAAAUGGCUCGAGUUUGUUUCAACAAGUGGAAACGGUAACAACCGCUGGUAAUGAAACAAGAACAACAACAGGUUCAGCAAGUCAAGCGAUAAGCAAAGAUCCGUUAGACCCGUUAUCGGUGGUGCCGCAGAUCAAAAACGGGUUGGCGGUAUUGCCGCUUCACAAUUUGUUGAUACUUGUAGGCAUGUUCUACUUUGGUAUAACUGAGAAUGUUGACGCGGUGAUGCUGAAAAGUUUUGUAACAAGUAUACCACUACAUGCAAUCUACAAUUAUAUUGUAGCAAAGAAUGUUAAGAAAAAAUCAAAAUCGAAAUCGAAACAUGAAAACAUUCCAUUGCUAGUAGCAUCGAGUAUACUAGUUAGUCUUGUUUUGGCUCUACCAAUGUUUUUCGCGAUAAUCUUAUUGGGUGCACCAGUUUACAAUUUUUUGUUCAAGACGGCUCUUUUGUCGCUACAUUUGUCUCAGCUUGUGUUUGGACCAUUGGUUGUCUUGUACUCGUUAGAUUUUGAGAAAUUCAAGAAAUUGUUUCUUAUUGAAAAUAUUUACUAUGUCAUAUUCAGCCACAAUAUAUUAUCUCAGGUCUUGUUGACUUUGAGCGGGUGUUGGCUCGGAGUGCUCCCUAUCCCAUUGGAUUGGGACAGGCCGUGGCAACAAUGGCCAAUCACGUUACUAGUUGGAGCAUAUGUGGGUGGUGUUGUUGGUGGUUUAGUGUCUAUAAGUAUCUCGUUCUACCGUAAAGCAUAG